AUGUCGAUCAAGAUCUUCACCUUCUACACCAGCCCCACGCCCAACGGCAAGAAGGUUUCCAUGUACCUUGAAGAGCUCGAGGCCGUAGACGGAAGCAAAGUCGACUAUGAAGUUCGCAAGAUCGAUAUGUCCAAGAACGAGCAGAAAGAGGACUGGUUCAUCAGGAUCAACCCGAACGGGAAGAUCCCCGCGCUCGUCGACCACCCGCGUGUAGACUUUCACUACGACACCGAGAACAAGCUUUCCUUCAACCCCGUAAAUCGGCUGAAGGACUACAGCGAGGCGCCGCAGUGGAUCUUCUUUGCCCAUGGCGGCGUCGGCCCUAUGCCCGGCCAGGGCUACGGUGAUGAGACGAUGCGUCUGUACAGCGUGAUAGAACUACGCCUGACGGAUCGCGACUACCUUGCUGACCCCGAUCGUGGCCAGAACUCUAUCGCCGAUGCCAACGUCUUCCCCUGGAUCCUAGCACACAAGUUCAUUGGUAUCGAGUCCGUCGACGAGUUCGCGAACUUCAAGAAAUGGAUUGAUCGUGUUCACGAGCGUGCUGCAGUUAAGGCAGGGUUGGAGAUUCCGGCAUGA